GUUUUGCUGUUAUUUGGUUUGGAUUUCUAUUGAUCAGUUGCUAACAUCAUGUCUUGAUUACACGGGCGUGUCUAUAGCUUGGUUCAGCCUGGUUACCUGGCAGUGUAGUUAGCUGAUUGCAGUGUCCCAUCAAUCACUAGCCACACAGCCAUGUAAACGGAGCUGGGAAUCGCGCUGAAGAGGUGAACCGAGGAACAAAAGCAGUUGCCGAUGCAAAAUCAAGGAACACCUGCUCCUGGAAUACAAUGCAAAUAUCAAAACCAAACAUCACGAUAACUUUCUGUUUAAUGAUGUAUAAUAUAAGCGCCCUCUGCAUGCCUUCGUCAUUAUUACCAUAUUACAGCAGAAAAGCUUGGUGAGCGUUUUGUAUGACAUCAUAUAUGGCUUAUUAAUAAAUAACGUAUUUUCUAAUGUGCCUGAUGCGUGUGUUGACUGUAUAGGAAAUUAAACAACGUGUUUUACAAUACUAAAGGAGAAUCAUCAAAUGCUCUAAUUUCAAUUAGAACAUGCAUAGCAAAAUAGACAUUUCAACACACGGUCCAAAGUUUUUAGUCUGAAAAAUAGAAUUGAUGUACUUAAUACAUACUGUACGCUAUUGAUCUGAAUGGGAGUGGAACCCUCAGGGCAUCUUUCAAUUGUUUAUCAUUGCGUGCUGCAUGCCCGUUUAUACACAUGAACGUGGAAUAAAGAUAUUAAUAAAAGCCUCAUUCACUCUGCUUCUACUGCGGGGGGGGUUAAAGGAUGCCGGUUGAAAUAGAAUAGGGUGAAUACACUGUACCCGCCGCCAGGUUCCAGCGUCAUUAGGGGGUUAAUUCCGUACAGGGCUGGUCUUAUUCUAAGUGCAGACGAGCCUGGUCUGGGUAUCCUCGGUAAGCACAGACUCCCACUCACCGAGCGCUGCGCUGGAAGAGUUUAAGAGACAAUGAAUCGGCUUUAUUUGUAAAACGUCGCCUCCCCAGUAUCUGGAACGAGCCGGUCCUGUGAGGUUAAGGCAGCAGUAAGCUUGCUAUGCCCUGGUAUGCCCCGGCUCCGGCAGUAGCGCUCUGCAGAUCUCCUUUAACUCUGCACACAGAUCUGCUCUAGCCUGUUUGUCAAGCCGGUAUCUCUGUAAGGCAAGUUCCCCUGACUGCUCAAGAGAAGACACCCCGGUCCUGCCUCCUCUAUUGCUGGGGAUCGUUCUCCUCACCUCCCCUUCUUCCCCCAAGCUGAAACGCCCACAGACGCAAGGCUGGCUUUUCAAUGCAACUCUGAUACUAAAAUCGGACGCUGCUGCGACUCUGUCGUUGCUCCCCCCAUAAAACGUGCAAGCCCCGCUGCGCCUUCGGAUCUCUUGAAAACGGGACCCUAAAAAUCUUCGCGUACAAGAACCAGUGAAGCGGGCAGCCAAUGAGAACCUGCGCGUCGCGUCUCCAGGGCAACACUCGCGGCGUCCUGAGAUCUCCAUGACGACAGUCCCCGAGUGCGGUCUCUGUCCCGUGUGAAGAGUCGAGCCUUGCAAACAUGUCUUCUGGGCAGAGCACAGAGCAGCCCGCAGAACCGGCUGAGCUUGACAGCCAGAUCCUCGUCUUUGCAGGGUCUUCAGAGGAAGACGUCGAGUUCGCGAAAAUCUUCUGGAAUUCCGUCUCCCUUCACCCGCCAUGGGAGUCUCGGUUGGUUUCUGGCGACAUUCGGCAGCGACUCAAAGUAGCGAACAGCGGCCAACAAAAUGUACAUAUUUCCCAUGCGCCUCCAGCUGUGGACGCCAGAGCAGAGCAGGUCCUGGUAGAAGCGUAUAUCAAGGAGAAAACUGAGGAAAAACUGCGGUACUUGGAGCAGGCUAUAAAGAGAGAAGACAUCAUGGACCUUCUCCGAAAACAGAGGGCCGAGCGAAUCAAGAAAGAACUGCUAUCUCGUCCAUACCAACCCAAAUAUACCCCAAAAGUUCAAAGCCCCACUGCAGCAGACAGCUCUGAAGAGGCUUGGGAGACCUGGCAGACCCUUCGAGAGUUAGACUGACCCCUGGGAAGAC